GCCUUCGCGCCUUCUUGCUCACUGGUGGGGUUUGCCCAGAGAGGGAGGGAGAACGAGCUCUGAGUUACGUCAAACGUUAGCAAAGUCUGUUUUUAAAAAUAUAAAGCCAAAUAUAUUAGGUCUUGAACUUGUGAAGGGCUGUUUAACCGGGAUUACUCACUGGAAUUAUUCGCGUAAUACUGAGGUCAGUGAGGAUGCCACCUGUGAAGUACCAAAGUGGGGACAUGGUGAUGGGCCGCUGGCCUGGCAGCAGCCUGUACUACGAGGUCAAGGUGCUGGGCUAUGAUGCCAGAAGUCAGCUCUACACUGUCAUCUACAAAGAUGGUACUGAGCUGGAGCUCAAGGAGCAAGACAUCAUGAGCGCUGCUGGUUUCCAGGCCCGUUCCCGUUCCCGUUCCCGCUCUCGUUCUCGAUCUCCAGUGCUGAGUCCCUCGCAAGAGACAAAGGCCGCUGAAAACAGUAGCAUCAAUAGACAUGAAAAGAAAGAGGAGAAUAACACAGCUAGCAAAGUAACUGAGAAGUCAGAGGCCAAAGUACAAGCUGAGCCUGAGAAGAACCAGGGCCGUUACAAUCUGCGCCGUAGGAAAGAUGAUGGAGAUGCAAAACCAGCUGAGGCCAAACCAGAGGAGAAGGAGGCCAUAAUGGCUGCAGCUCCUGUUGCCACCCUCUCCACCCCACUUGACUUUGGAGGGAAGAUAGGAGCGUUCUUCUGGCUGCUCUUUCUGCCAGCCUGGGUCCUCUUCCUGAUCCUCCAAGUCAGCCUGGAGGACCCGAGCCUGGCCAACUUUCCUCCUCCUCUGCCACCUCUUGUAGCCUUCUGGGAUACCCAGGCCUUUGGCUUUGUCAUCCUCUGGAUCUUAUUCCAGGCCCUGCUCUACAUCCUGCCUUUUGGAAAGUUAAGUGAAGGCAUGCCACUGAAGACUGGGGAGAGGCUGAAGUACAGAACCAAUGGUUUUUUUGCCAUCGUGGUGAGUGCUGUAGCAGUGGCAGCAGCAGUGCAUCAGGGUGUUGACCUCACCUACAUCCAUAGCCAUUUCCUGCAGCUGGCCACAGCCUCCUUCCUCAUCUCCAUCUUGCUUAGCAUCUACCUGUAUGUGCGCUCUCGCAAUGCUCCCCCAGAGCAGCUGGCACUAGGGGGAAACUCUGGAAAUGUAAUAUAUGACUUUUUCAAAGGACAUGAGCUCAAUCCCCGUAUCAAAGGCUUUGAUCUGAAAUUCUUCUGUGAGAUGCGCCCUGGACUGAUUGGCUGGUGUUUGAUCAACUUUGCAAUGGCGUUAGCUGAGAUGAAGCAGCAGGGUCUGGAUGCUCCAUCCCCUGCCAUGAUCAUUGUGAACCUGUUCCAGCUGAUCUACGUGGUGGACGGCCUGUGGAAUGAGGAGGCCAUCCUGACCACCAUGGACUUCAUGCAUGAUGGUUUUGGCUUCAUGUUGGCUUUUGGUGAUCUGGUGUGGGUUCCCUUCACUUACACCAUGCAGACCUAUUAUCUGGUCAACCACCCCAACCCCCUGAGUGUCCCAGCACUUACAGUCAUCAUCAUACUCAAACUCGUUGGCUUCUACAUCUUCAGGAAAUCCAACUCUGAGAAGAACGCCUUCAGGAGAAACCCAUCAGACCCCAAACUGUCUCAUUUGAAGACGAUUCACACAGCUACAGGAAGAAAUCUCUUGGUGUCUGGCUGGUGGGGCGUGGUCCGCCACCCAAACUACCUGGGAGAUCUCAUCAUGGCUCUGGCCUGGUCCCUGCCAUGUGGCUUCAGCCACCUCCUGCCAUGGUACUACAUGAUCUACUUCAUCAUCCUGCUUGUGCACCGAGAUUCCCGUGACAUGAGCGAGUGCAGGCGGAAGUAUGGCUCGGCGUGGGACGAGUACUGCCGAACUGUUUGCUAUCGAAUCAUUCCCUGUGUGUACUAAAGAACCAGAUGUUGGGCACUCCCAAGCUGAGGCCUUUUUCUGAUUUGACUUUUUAGAAUCUCUUUUUAAACCAAGACUUCUUACGAUUUUAUUUCUGGACUUUAGGAGCUACGAUGCAUUGAAUUUUUAGAUGAAAAAGACAGUCGUGAUUAUGGACUGUUUGAAGAAUUUUUUUUUUUUUUUGCAGAAAAUGCUUCAACAUCUUUCUUUGAAAGCUUACAGAAUGGGAGGCCUCUGCUAGGAAUGUCUUGUUAGGAUGUAUAUAUUUGUAUAUACACAUUUGUUUUUAUACUUCAAGAAUAAUGCGUCAUGUGUACUUCUUGCGAGGUUUUGCUAUUAACUCAUAUUCAAAAUGUUGUAAUAUCAGCUUCACUAUUAUGAAUAAUUUUAUAAGUAGGCCUUCCUACUAUAAUUAUACAGCUUGUGUAUAUUCUGAUAUGGGUAAAAUGCUCUUCUUUUUUUAAUGACCUGUACAGUGAAACGAAAACUCUUCUCAGGACCCAGAAUUUUGUCAGAGUUGAAUUAGAAAUAUUUUGUCUUAAUGAUUUUAUGUACAAUUUUAUAGGGAUAUCUAGUUUUGACUUGAGCACAAUUAUUUUUUUGAAGUUUCAAGAAAAAUGCAUUAAGGCAUUAAGGAAUUCUAGUUUCACCAGUUCCAAAGUGUAUCUGAUGUGGCUUUACUACCUCAGGUUCACUGACUCUCCAGUUCUCCCCUCUCCAUGUCCUCUGGGAGGCACUGUAACUGAGCGAGAUGUGAAGAGGGAAAUGAGUUUGUCAUUUCUGCAGUGUUGGUGUUUCUUUGCAACAAACAGAACCUAUCCACAUCACCGAUGUGUCAUGUCUUUUGAGUGGAUACUCCAAAUUGUUUUAUUUUUCCCCAGUUAUUUCCUGUGUUUUGUGGUGUUGAAGAAACCAUCUUGUUUUCACCUAUUUAAGCUUUAACUUUCCAGGUCAUAUAACGAUUACCAUUUGAAUGAAGUUUAGACUGUGAAAACAUGCAGCGCCAUGGUUUGUUUUAGCAUUUAUUAAUGUGUGCAUUUGCAGACUCCAGGAAUGUAUUUUACAAUACACAAGUAGCAAUACAUUAAUUGGGUAGCAUUUUUCUGCUGUGCUGACUGAAUAGCCUGUAAAUAUUUUGUUUUUUAAAAUCAUGUUUUUCAGUAAGAGAAGUGAAAGUAGUAGUAGUAGUAGUAGUAUGAGUAAUGUUUGUCGAUAGAUAAAUUUUCAUUUGAGUUUUUUAAGUUAUACUAAUUUUGACCACUGUAGCUAUGUUUACACCUAGAUCUGCUUGUUUCUGGGAAAUUCUUCAAAUUGUAUUAAAAUAAAUGUAGAGUAGUUGCUUGAUUGAAGAAAAAUUGUUUUAUACUUGAGGUGCCACCAUCCUGUAUGGCCAAGGACUCAUUUUCUCAAUGUUAUGGUGGUAAACAUCUCUCCUUAGUCUGUGAGUUGAAAGUAAUAAGUUGGAUGUAUUUUGAUAUAUGACAGCAAUUAAUGGCAAGUUAAAAAGAUCAGGCACGCUGCCACUGAGCAUGAAUCAAGUCUGACAGUGGCUGGAAAAAGAUUCUCUGUACAAAUGUUGCAGCAAAAAAUAAAGAUUUACAGUAUUCCCUU